AUGGAGUUGGUUUUACUGAAAAACCCGCUCACUAUCAGCGCCAAGACGCUAAAAAGUUUAACAAAUAACUUCAAAGAGUAUACGAAAAAGCCAGUAUACUCUGCAACAGAUGAGCAGGCAUACGAAGAGAGUCAAGCAGCCGCAGACUUAAUAAACGAAGCGAUACAGCAAAUUAGCAUCGCAAAAGAGGAACUAAAAACUCUAGUCGCGCAGGUUAAACGAGAUUAUGACAAAAUACAAGCACCAGGAGAAAGGGAAGACUUCUCUGAUGCAUUGGAAAAACUCGAAAUUGAAACAAAUUUCAAUGGAAUACUGGGAACUGCGACUGAAAUGACUUACAUGCUGAAAACAAGGCUGACAGAGGUGAUGAGCCAUCGAAACAGAAUGGGACGUAGGCUAGGACUUAUACCUGCGGAACUGAACACAACUGCAAACACUCAAACAAGCAAAAAUAUUGAACACGAAUUAACCGAUAAUGAAUGGAUAUCAGAAGACAGUAAUGAAAGCCCACACAAACAACUAAGGGACAUAUCUGAAAUUCUGGAAAGUAACGUUGAAGAAGCACCAAUGGAGGUGCAGAUGGCAAACAUUGUGGAAAAUGAUGCCAUAAACCAAGAUAACAACAAGUUUGACGCUCACUACACCCAAAAAGGUGGCCGCGCAAUCAAGUCGUCUUCGCUUAAUGCUCAAAAAGAAGGUGAACAAAGGUUCUUUUAUAACCUCGGGUGCAACUGCGAUCAACUAGAACAGGCUGCUCGUGGCCCAGUCGGCCUUUUUUUGCUUGAUAUGCCAGGAUCAUUGUUGGCAGGAGUGGUGCAACAGGAUCGCUUUGCCGUGGUUGUGGAGGGUGAAAGGCAAAGGGUGGACGAGCUGGAAAGUUCCACACCUGAAGGCAUGGAUAAAAUGGUUUCUAUCGCAUUGGAGAGAGCUGCGGCUAAGGAGGAAGACGAGCUUGGGCUAGCUGAGUAUGUGAUGUCGGACGGACCCGCCCAUGAUUCUACUUUCAUGCGAUCACAGAUUGUGAGAUUUGACAUGCGUUUAUCGGAUAUUAGUGAUUACGGAUUUCUAAACUUAGGUGGUCCAGAAAUGGUCUCAAAUCAUAAGGAUAAUGUGCAGGUGUCUCUAUGUAGUUGGUUCUUCAAAGGAGAGGGCAUGGAUUGGCUGAGUAAGGUGGCGCACAUAGGACGCUUUGAAGAAGCUGACCCAUCCCCGGAAUUCAACGUUUUUCUGGACAAAAUACUCGGAAACCUUUGCACUUUAUCUGCAAGCAGUAUCCCUGAUGAACUUCGCCCUGUCAUGACAUUUUACAGUGCCAUUGCAUACUCUGGAAUAGGAAAACCCUUGAAAGCUAUGACCAAUUUUAAUCUCGCCGCUAAAGGAGUAACCGAUCAGAACAAGGCGCUUCUGACUGCUUUGUCACCUGUUGGCAAAACCCAAGAGAUCAACCUCGGAGAUUACUACGUAAUGGCUUUUAAGAGUCGCCGAUGA